AUGUCGUCCUGCAGCCGCGUGGUGCUGGUGACCGGCGCCAACAAGGGCAUCGGUUUUGCCAUAGCUCGCGACCUGUGCCGCCAGUUCUCAGGGGACGUGGUGCUCACGGCGCGGGACGCAGCGCGGGGCCAGGCGGCUGUGCAGCAGCUGCAGGCGGAGGGCCUGAGCCCGCGCUUCCACCAGCUGGACAUCGACGACCUGCAGAGUAUCCGCGCCCUGCGCGACUUCCUGCGCAGCGAGUAUGGGGGCCUCGACGUGCUGGUCAACAAUGCGGGCAUCGCCUUCAAGACUGCUGAUCCCACACCCUUCCAUAUUCAAGCAGAAGUGACCAUGAAAACAAACUUUUUUGGUACCCGAGAUGUCUGCACAGAGUUACUCCCUCUAAUAAAACCCCAAGGUGAGUGUGAUGGGAACAGCACACCUCGUCUGCGCCCCGGGAUCCAGCCCCUGCUGACUCCCCAUGCUGCGGGUGCACCUGCCUCCUUGCUUUGUCUCUGCCCUGCCAGGCACAG